GCCCGGCUGGCCGUCCUCACCCCGCCGCGCCCCCGGCCCGGCGGCGGCUUCACCGUGCUCAGCGAUGGCGCCCUGCGCUACGACGGGCAGCACCACUGCCGCCUCACCGGCCCCUUGCAGAGGAAUGUAGAGCUCACCAGCCAUCGUGAUUAUAAAGUCUACAGAGAAACUAUACUAAGCAGGCCACUAGUCUUCUUCACAAAUGUCAAAACAAAAAAAUAUUCUUCAAAAGUUUCAGAAAAAACAUACGCAUUUCUUGUGAACACACGACAUCCUAAGAUAAGAAGACAGCUAGAGCAUGGCAUGAACACAAUAAUAUCCUCAGUGGUUGGAGAGAGUUAUAAACUGCGGUUUGAUUUCCAGAAAGUUGUCAAGAGUUUUUUCCCUCCGGGAAGCGAUUUAGUUAACGGAGAAGACUUGAGCUUUUCCUAUGAGUUCAGAUCAGAUGCCCUGUUUGAUUUCUCCUAUUGGUUCGGGAUUAGCAAAAAAACUGUUGCAGUGACUGGGAAAGUUAUGAACUUUUCCAGUACCAUUCCAGAAAAGAAGGAAUUAUUCACCAAGUUUCUAGAAAAAAUGAGUGAACCGUACGUCUGUUCGAACAAUUUUUCAGACAGAAAAUGCAGUGUUAUCUCAAGAGAUUCAAUAGAUGUUUUUAACUGCAGUCUGGAACCACAACCAUCUUUAACAAAUCUUCUGCUGAUAGUAAGUUGAACCCUCCCAAAUUCAGUAAUGAGAAGGAAGACUAAAAAAAUUAGGAAACUGAUAUAAAAAUCAUCAGACUUUCAACUGAAAAUGCAAAUGCACAUCAGUGCAUUGCAGGAGAGAGAAUUUUGAGAAGGGAGGAAUGGGGAGCUCUUCCUUGUUAGGAUUCGACAAGAGGAUUCUAUUCUAUUCUUUAUUCUUCUGUCUCCCAACAUCCUCCUCUGUUUCUUUUGAAAUGAGCAUUUCUAUGGGAAGGAGAGAUGUAAUUGGUUAUCGUGUAGCUCCUCACUUCAUAACACCAUGUCUGUUUGCUUACCACUGUAACACACCUAGUGUACAAGAACUCUUCUGUGAUUUGUUAUUUCACAUGCUUUUCCUAAACUGAGAUGGAUUUGGAGAAGAAGGUCUCAAAUUGUUGGCUAGGAAACUGUCACUACAGUGUUCCAAUAAAGAUGCAAGUUACACCCAGUUAUCUCUGGCUAUGGACUCAUGUUUAACAAUGUUUUUAAACACUUUUUUGCUGCAAUUAUUUCUGAAGUGUCAUACAACACUGUUAGACCAAACAUUGUUAAGCCAGUCUUCAUUAAAAAUGUUCAUACAAAAAUGGAUUUCUGUCCACACAAAUAAGCCUCGCAAAGUUAAACUAGUUUUGCUGCAAUCUGGUUUGAUCUAUGUUUAAAUGUAUUUUUUAAAAAUGUUUCUGAAGCCAGUGAAGAUGUGGACUCACACGAAAUCUAGAAACUGGGUAUAGUAUCUAUAAUUGUUUUCUCAUUCCUGGGAUUCUGAGGUCUAGAGAAGAUUUUUGGGAAAAAUGUGAUCUUGUAGUUAAGGCAGAGGACAAGGAAUCAGAAGAUCUAAAUUCUGUUUGAACUUCUGCCACAUGAUGGUUAACCUUUCUGUGCUUCUAUUUCUAAAUCUGUAAAAUCUAACUCUUGUAAAUGGUCAGGGUUUGAUCACUGAUGUUUUUAAAUGGGGGAUGCUAGAUGAGUUCAGGAUUGCUAAACUUGUACUUUUUUUUAAAGUGGUUUUUGAAUACUUCUAACAGCGUAGGAGAUAGUCUGAGACAACAAGUUAUGCCAUGAAGAAAGUACACUAUCAUCUUCUAGCACAGUAAACCAGUUGGGAUUUUACUAAACUUCAAUUCUGUUACUUAAAUUACAGUGUUUUGUUACUUAAAAUAUUUUCCACAUUUUGCAGUUGUUCUAGAGGUAAAAACCUUCAGUAUAAAAUCCAUCAGUAGUAAUGAUCUAUUUUCAAAUGAGGCUUUAACCCAAAAUAAGGCUGUACAUUCACUUUAGCUUUCAGUGUGAGAUCGUUUUAGCUCUAAUUUGUUAGUUUGAUGUCUCCAUUUAUCAUGAUUUUUACUGGUAAUAUUUAAAGUGUCAGAUGAGGUCAUGACUUUCAGAACUUUUAAAUUGGCCAACUGUAUAUAUCAUCUCUCCCACUGAAUGAGUGAUCGUGGAAGAACUUCUUGGGGAAACAGCUGCAUCCAGUACACACAGCUCCUGAGGUUAAAAUGAAUAACAUUCUUGAUGACUUGGUGGAAGACUAAAUGUUGCAAUUGAUAGUAGAUAGUUACAGAUAUUGGUGAGAGUCUGCAUUGCCACUGACACUGAGAGCACCAUGGUAAUUACUCUGAUACAUGAAGACUUUUAUGGUAGCUGAGAACUUGCCUCUGCCACAAAAUUCUUCUAUCUUUCCAGGAUACUUGGCCUUGGAGACUGUAUCUUACAUCUUGCAAAGUUUAGACUGAAUUAUUAUGAAAAAUGGAAUUUUGAACAUAUUUUUUAAAGUGUUUUCAAUUUUGCAGUUUGAUAUGAAAGACAGCUGGUCCUGGUUACUACUUUUUUAACUUCUUCCUAUAGAUAUGAUGUCUUAGUACAAUUGACUUUAGUAAUAAACCAUUUCCUUUAUAAUCAAUAUUGUAAUAAGGUUCUACUAUAUUUUAUUCAUGGCUUUUGUGUGAUUUGUAUUAAGCUUAUGUAUACUGUAGUCUUUUUCUCUGGUACUGUGUAUAUUUGGUCAAAUACCUUAAUCUUAUGUGGAGUGGAAUAAUACUCAUUGUUAGAACACAGCAUUAAACUUUCUGGAAUCAUCAUAUAAAGACACUAAUCAACAAAAGUUAAAUAUAUUUUACACUUAAACAUAGUAUUGCACUGAAUAGGACUACACAAAUAUUUUGUAAAGAUUGUUUUGCUUUUGUUCAGAAAUGGAAAUAAACACAUGUCUUUAAAAUAGGUUAAUAUGUAGGCAUGUGCCAAAACAUCUUUCUUCCCCUAUCUUCUUCUAGUCAAAAUACAAAUAUCAGAGAAUGCAAUUUAUAGGACUUUUAAAGUUAAUGGGAGUUUUGCCCAUUAUACAUAAUUGUAGGAUUAUACAUAAUUGUAAAAAAAUUUUGGUGUUUAAAUUCUCUGGAUUGUAUCUGGUUUCUAUCUGAGUAUUUACAUUGGGGAACAGUGUACCUUCCUGAUCAUAUAUAAAUAAUUCAGUAUGUUUUUUUCUCUUUUUAUGAGAUCAUUAAAGGGAAGACUCUUUUUAAAA